ACCAGAGAAUUGAGAGGGAGACUCAUAUUAGAGAUGGUGAAUUACAGAGAAUGGAUGCCUACUGUUGCCAUGGUUGCCAUAAACCUAUCUUUUGCUGGAGUCAAUGUGCUUCUUAAGUUGACUUUGGAUAAAGGAGUACACAAUUUGGUGGUUGUUACUUAUCGGCAGUUGAUUUCUUGUGUCUUAUUGACACCGAUUGCCUUGUUUUGGGAAAGCAGAAAAAGCAGACCCGAACUUGCAGCUGGCAUCAUAUGCCACCUUUUCUUCAGUGCUCUAAUUGGGGUAACAUUCACACAAUACUUGUUUCUUCUUGGACUCCAAUACACCUCAGCUACCUAUUCCUGUGCAUUCAUCAACAUGGUUCCUGUGAACACUUUCCUAUUGGCACUACCAUUUGGUCUAGAGAAAGUAAACAUUAGGAGCAAGGGAGGAAGAGCAAAGAUCUUGGGUGCUCUGAUAUGUAUUGGCGGAGCUUUGUCAUUGACAUUAUACAAAGGAACGCCACUAACCAAUCAGCAUUCCCAUGCCACAUCUCAAAAUGAAGACAAUGACUAUAUGAGGAGAGCAGCAAAGGAUAAAGAGAAGUGGGCAGUUGGUUCACUGCUUUUAGCAGCAGGUUGCCUCUUGUGGGCUUCAUGGUUUCUCAUACAAGCCAAGAUUGGCAAGAGCUACCCAUUUCAGUACUCUAGCACAGCUAUCUUGUCCUUCUUUGGUGCCAUUCAAUCAGCCAUCUUGAGCUUGGUUACUGAGAGAAACAUGAACAUGUCAAUGUGGGUCUUGAAGGGGGAGUUGGAGAUAUUAAGUGUCCUAUAUGCUGGAGCAAUUGGAUCAGGGUUGUGCUAUGUAGGGAUGUCAUGGUGUGUGAAACAAAAGGGUCCAUUGUUUACAGCAGCAUUUACCCCCUUAACCCAGAUUUUUGUGGCUAUGUUUGACUUCUCAACCUUGAAAGAACAAAUCUAUCUUGGAAGUGUGGUGGGAUCUGUCCUAGUCAUAGUGGGAAUGUAUGUUCUAUUGUGGGGGAAAAGCAAUGAUGCAAAGGAAACUGUGAUGAAGCAGACACAAGCAGCUGAAGAAGGUGCGGAUGUCCCUUGAUAUGGAUUCAACAUGUAUCAGUGUUAUUAAUCAAAUUCUUAGUAGCAAUGAAAAAUUAUAGUUUGUGCAACAGUGAUGUCCAGGUAAAAUGCUGCAUGAACCAUUAACCAAUUGAAACAAGAGACAGCAGAAUUUUGCAACCUGUAAACUCCCUGGCUUUAAGGUGUCAUAGUCCAGAAGUUGGAUAGUGGAUUGCUCUGUACUGCUACAGAUAUUCUUACCAAAAACUAUUUGUCAAAAGGGAAUUAGAUGCUGCUUCUUGGUAAA